AUGGGUCUGAAUGAGGUUCCACGUCAAACUGAUGUAAUUGCAAGGGAUCUCACUAUGAAAGUCGACCACAUUCUCAAAAAACACUCAGGCAAAGGAGUUAAGAAAUUCCGGAUCGAAUUACACAUUUCAGUUGAUCCCAGCUAUCUUAAUAGCUGGCUUCAGAUUGCUGCUGAACUACGGAUUGAGGAACUCGCCGUUGUUCUACCUUCAACCUGCAAUGCAAACUACUACGAUUUCCCGUGUGCACUUUUUGUUGAUGAUGGGUGUAGAAACGCAAUAGAGCAUCUCUGCCUUGGUGGUUGUGCCUUCCAUCCCACAGCUGAAUUUGGUUACUUGAGAAAGCUGCAGCUGUUUUGGGUGCAUAUUACGGUGGAUGAAUUAGAAUGCCUUAUUUCCAAUUCUUCUGUUUUGGAGCACUUGACACUCAAGUAUUGUGAUACGAUCACUUACCUGAAGAUACCUAGCCUACUACAGUAUCUCAGCCACCCGAUAGUGUCUGCAUGCACUAAUCUGAAGACGAUAGAGUGCAAAGCUCCAAAUCUCUCCACUUUUUACUUCAGUGGUCGACAAGUUGAACUUCUGUUUGGAGAUUCAGUUCAAGUGAAGACCAUGAGAAUUUGUUGUUCUACUCAGUGUAACACCAUUUAUAAUGCGUGUUCCGUCCUGCCAUCCAUUGUGCCAAAUAUUGAAACUCUCAGCAUAUCUUCUGUUAGUGAGGUGGUCAAUACACCAAUCGUGCCUGUGAAAUUCCUCCACCUCAAGUAUCUGUCUAUUUCUCUUGAAGGAAAUGGGGCCUUUUCCCCAGACUAUGAUUACUUUUCUCUGGUUUCUUUGCUGGAUGCUUGUCCUGUCUUGGAAACUUUCAACUUUGUUGUGUCACAGGAUCGCAUGAAGCACGAUUCGGUUCUUGGAGACCCGUCGUCACGUCUUAGGCAGAUGCCUGAAUACCGCCACGACAACAUCAAGAAUGUGAGGAUUCUUGGGUUUUGCUCUGCGAAGAGCAUGGUCGAGCUGGCAUGCCAUAUUCUCGAGAAUGCAACAUCACUCGAGUGCCUUACUUUGGACACGAUAUGUGUUGCUUCCAAUAUUGAUAGACACAUUCACAAAACCGGUGAAUGUGGCCACAUAGGCAGGCAUAUGAUCAGAGAAGCACGUAAGGCACUCUUGGCUGUCGAAAGAUAUAUUGUGGGAAUAGUUCCCUCCACGGUCAAGUUAAAUGUCCUGGAGCCUUGCAAGCUAUGCCAUGCUUUGGCUGUUUAGCUGUGGCAAUACCAUAAUUUUGUAAAUUACAUUGUGGA